GCGGGGCAGAGGAGGGGCCUGGAACAAUGAAGAGCAUUUCCUGCCUGCUGGGACCUGCAGCAUUUGCUGAUCUUUCUCCCUCCUGAGACGCUAAGAACAGUUAUUUAGUCGUAAAACUUGAUGUGUUUCAUGUUAUACAAGGGUGCAAAGAAUUCCACUUGCUUCCAGCCAUGUUCUGCAUUGGACAGUCUGUGUCGGUGCUGGUGCUGGUGUUGUGCCUAGCACAGCACACAUACAGUGGGAAGGUCCUGCUGUGGCCAGGGGAAUACAGCCACUGGCUGAACAUGAAGAACAUUAUGACUGCGCUGUUGGAGAAGGGGCACCAGAUAACUGUGCUCAUUAACUCUGGUACUCCUACCAUCAAGGCCAACCAGUCGUCCAACUGCAGCUUUGAGAUCAUCCCAGUGUCCUUCACGCCACAGGACACGAAUGACCUAGUGGACGAGAUGCUCCUGUACAGCUUGUACGAGCACGAUUCCUACAUCCAGGCCUUCCUGAAGAUCAAGGCAAUCUUUGAGAAGACCAUUGAGAAAAACAAGGAAUUAUGUCUGGCCUUGUUCAAAAACAAAGAGCUGCUGGAGAAGUUGAGGCGGGCCCAAUAUGACGUUGUGGUGGCUGACCCCAUGUUCUUUGGCAGCGAGCUCCUUGCUGAGACCCUGGACCUACCCUUCGUUAUUUCUUUCAGGGCCUCCUUCGGUAACACCGUAGAGAGGCUCUGUGGACAACUGCCUGCACCACCCUCUUAUGUUCCAGGUACUGGUAUGCAUUAUACUGAUGAAAUGGACUUCUCCCAGAGACUGAAAAAUUCCCUAUAUUAUUUUUCUCAGGAUAUGCUAUUUCAUAUUCUUGGAACAAUGACGUUGGACACAUUAUUCACUGAGAUGACAGAAUUCCACUUGCUUCCAGCCAUGUUCUGCAUUGGACACUCUGUGUCGGUGCUGGUGCUGGUGUUGUGCCUAGCGCAGCACACAUACAGUGGGAAGGUCCUGCUGUGGCCAGGGGAAUACAGCCACUGGCUGAACAUGAAGAACAUUAUGACUGCGCUGUUGGAGAAGGGGCACCAGAUAACUGUGCUCAUUAACUCUGGUACUCCUACCAUCAAGGCCAACCAGUCGUCCAACUGCAGCUUUGAGAUCAUCCCAGUGUCCUUCACGCCACAGGACACGAAUGACCUAGUGGACGAGAUGCUCCUGUACAGCUUGUACGAGCACGAUUCCUACAUCCAGGCCUUCCUGAAGUUCAAGGCAAUCUUUGAGAAGACCAUUGAGAAAAACAAGGAAAUAUGUCUGGCCUUGUUCAAAAACAAAGAGCUGCUGGAGAAGUUGAGGCGGGCCCAAUAUGACGUUGUGGUGGCUGACCCCAUGUUCUUUGGCAGCGAGCUCCUUGCUGAGACCCUGGACCUACCCUUCGUUAUUUCUUUCAGGGCCUCCUUCGGUAACACCGUAGAGAGGCUCUGUGGACAAUUGCCUGCACCACCCUCUUAUGUUCCAGGUAUUGGUAUACAUUAUACUGAUGAAAUGGACUUCUCCCAGAGACUGAAAAAUUCCCUAUAUUAUUUUUCUCAGGAUAUGCUAUUUCAUAUUUUUGGAACAAUGAUGUUGGACACAUUAUUCACUGAGAUGACAGGCAAGCCCACGUCGUUCUGUGAGGUCAUAGGGAAGGCUGACAUUUGGUUGAUCCGUACCUACUGGGACUUCGAAUAUCCCCGACCUUUUCUUCCAAACUUCAAAUUUGUUGGUGGCCUUCACUGUAAGCCUGCUAAGCCUCUGCCUGAAGACAUGGAGGAAUUUGUGCAGACCUCCGGAGAAGAUGGGGUUGUGGUGUUUUCUUUGGGUUCAAUGGUAAAGAAUCUCACCAAAGAAAGAAGAAACACAAUUGCUUCUGCUCUGGGACAGGUGCCACAAAAGGUUCUCUGGAGAUACAGUGGGGAGAAGCCAGACACUUUGGCUCCCAACACUAGAGUUUAUGACUGGAUUCCUCAGAAUGAUCUGUUAGGCCAUCCAAAGACAAAAGUCUUCAUUACCCAUGGAGGGACCAAUGGUAUAUAUGAAGGCAUCUACCAUGGUGUCCCUAUGGUGGGCAUCCCCUUGUUUGGUGACCAGUCGGGCAACAUGCUCCACAUGAAGACAAAGGGGGCUGCAGUCAUCCUGGACUUCAACCACUUUCAGGCACAAGACCUUGUGGAUGCUGUCAACACUGUAGUAAAAGACCCAUCGUACAAAGAAAGUGCAAUGAGGCUUUCGAGGAUCCACCACGACCAGCCGAUGAAACCGCUGGACCGCGCUGUGUUCUGGAUCGAGUUUGUGAUGCGGAACAAAGGAGCGAAACACCUGAGAGUGCAGUCCCAUAACCUGUCCUGGUAUCAGUACCACUGUCUGGAUGUCCUCGCCGCACUGCUCGCCACGGUGGUGCUGGUCACCUUAAUCAUCUUCAAAUCGUGCUGCUUCUGCGUCCGCAAGUGUUGCCUGAGAUCAAAAGCCAAAAGUAAAAAGGAGUGAUUGUUGUGGUGUGUUCACUGUCGCCUUUCCACUGGCAGCUUACGUACAUUGGCCUGACCUGCAGAGCACCAUACCGGCUCAGGAACUGUGCUUGCAACUCAAAGGCUGUUGUUUUGAUUCCCAGCUGGGUUGCUACUGUUGUACCAUUGAGAAAGCAUUUAAAAUGGUCUCAGUGAACAUCCAGCUGUAUAGGGGCAUUACGUGUAACAUUUCACUUAUUGUAAAGCGUCUUUGAGUUCAUGAAAAGCACUAUAUAAAAUAAAUUUAUUAUUAUUAUUAUUAUUAUGUAAAAAAAAUAAAAAAUAAAAAAACACACAAAAAACAAAUGUGUAGAUAAGAAUGCCUCCUCAAUAAUUUCUACUAUGAAAUUUUAAGUGGAGUUGAUCUCUGGAACCAAAGGGUUUGCAGAUUUAUUCAGGGUACAUUUAAAAAUAUUUUGUAGCCGUCACUAUCUAUAUUAAUAAAUGGCUAAGCAGAAGGUCACCCUGUGCUGUCUUCUGGUCCACUGUGAAAGGAUGCAAAUAUAGUUUACAAAAUCCAUAACAAACGACUUAAUUACAUUUAUUAUUCUGUGUGAUUGUCAUUUCAUUGUUAGAAUGGCCAACACUGUUUUCAAUCCUCAAAUAAAUUAGAAUUAAAUUAACUUGGUGCCAUAUAUGCUUAAAUAAGCUGUGCCAUGUUUAACUUUGUGUUUCCAACAAAUCAGAAAAAAUGAGUAGCAUGGGACAAGCCACUCAAAUAUCUUAAAUUUUUUUUGUUUUAUAGAAAUAAUUCCAUGAAAAUGAAUGAAGUAAUUUUGAUUUCAGCUGCCUUAGAUGAUCAAUAUCAAUAUCUUACAUUUAUAAUAAAUAAAAUGAGUUAAAGAAUAUGGUUGAUUAAUGUUAGUUCAUAAUUUUGUGUAUGGAGAAUGAUGUUAUGCCAAGUUCAGUUGUAGGGCAUUCUUGAAAACGUGUUUACCUUAUGGGUUUGUUGAUCUGGGUUUCCUGGCGAUAUUAUGUAGUAUUAAAGUGAUUAUUAGUACUGUGUUCAUGGAAUUAAUGUUAGCCAAUCUAUGGGUCAAUGACACAACAUGUACGUUUUGUAUCGGAAAUCAAUAUUUUAUUAAAUGAACAAUGAAACCUGA